AAAACCUAUGUUCCUAUCGUGAGACGUUCUACAGAUGCUAACAAAUUCAUAAUCUAAUUUAUAUUUUUGCAGCCAUUUCCACUUACACAGCGACCUAUGGUUUGCAUCUGCUUCCUUUGGUGAUUUAUGAAUGGUUUUGUUAAUUAAUUAUACCGAAAUGUCAAAAGAAUUUUACUCAAAUAAUGAUGAAAUGGAUGAGGAUAUUGAUGAAACACAAAUAGUUGAAAAUGACAAAACAAAAAUUGAAAUAGAGUUACAAACAGGACUAAUUUUAAUUGAUGGACUAACAAGUAUUGAAAAUGGUGAACAAAUAUUGAAAAAAGAAAAAAUUCAAAUUGAACAAGAGUUAAAUUUACAAUUAAUUGAUUGCAAUGACGAAGAAAUAUCAAAAGAAUUUUAUUCAAACCAUGAUGAAAUGGAUGAGAAUAUUGAUGAGAUGUUGAAGAAAUCAAAAAUUAAAAUUGAACAAGCUUUACAUUCGGAAUUAAUUAUAAAAGAUGAAGAUUUCGACGAAAUGUUUAACAGAUGUGAAUCAGAAAAUGAUGAAAUGUUAAAAGAAAUUCACACAAAUACACAAGAAGAGCUUUUUUCGUGUGAUGUUUGUAACCAAAAAUUCAACAAAAAAACUAGCUUGAAAAUACAUAGACGAGUUCAUUCUGGAGAGAAACCUUAUUCUUGUAAUAUUUGUAAUAAAACAUUCAAAGAAAAAGGUAAUCUUGCUGUACAUGAACGAAGACAUACCGGCGAAAAACCCUAUUCAUGUGAAAUUUGUGAUAAAACAUUCGUUGCUGUUGGUGAUCUAUGUAACCAUAAAAAAAUUCAUACAGGAAAAAAGCCGCAUGCAUGUGAUGUUUGUGACCAAAAGUUCAGAACUAGUACCAAAUUAACUUAUCAUAAACGAACUCAUACAGGAGAAAAACCUUACGUAUGUGAUGUAUGUGAUAACGCAUUCACCAGCAACGGCAAUUUAGUUAGACAUAAAAGAAGCCAUACAGGAGAAAAACCUUAUUCUUGUAAUGUUUGUAAUAAAAAAUUCACUCAUCCUGAGAGUGUGGUUAAACAUAAACUUGUUCAUUCUGAAGAAAAACCUUAUUCUUGUAAUAUUUGUAAUAAAACAUUCAGAGAUAAAUGUUAUGCUGCUAGACAUAUGCUAGGGCAUACCGGAGAAAAACGAUAUUCUUGUAAUAUUUGUAAUAAAACAUUCAGAGAAAAAUGUAAUCUUGCUGUACAUGAACGUAGACAUACCGGCGAAAAACCCUAUUCAUGUGAAAUUUGUGAUAAAACAUUCGCUACUACUGGUGAUCUAAUUAAACAUAAAAAAAUUCAUACAGGAAAAAAGGCGCAUGCAUGUGAUGUUUGUGAUAAAAAAUUCAAAUCCAUUUACAAUUUAAGUAGUCACAAACGGACUCAUACCGGAGAAACACCUUACUCAUGUGAUGUUUGUAAUAAAUCAUACAGAUAUAGUGGUGAUUUAGUUAAACAUAAACGAACACAUACUCAAGAAAAACCUUUUAAAUGUGAAAUUUGUGAUCAAAAAUUUACUUCUAAUUUACUUUUAUUGAGACACAAACGAAUUCAUACAGCAGAAGAAUAUUUUGAUUGUAAUGUUUGUGGUAAAAUAUUCUACCGUAAAGAACAUUUAGAUACUCAUAAAAGAACUCAUACGGGAGAAAGACCUCAUUCAUGCAAUGUUUGUAAUAAAACAUUUACUCAGCACAGCAGCCUAAAUGCACACAAACGAACUCAUACAGGAGAGAAGCCAUAUACAUGUGAUGUUUGUGAUAAAGCAUUCAGUCUGAAGCAUCCUUUAACUAGGCAUAAACGAACACAUUUAGGAGACAAGCCAUAUUGUUGUUAUGUUUGUUAUAGAACAUUUAGCAUGAAAAUAAACUUUGUAAAACAUAGAAGAAUUCAUAGUGAUCAAACUCCAUAUGCGUGUGAAGAUUGCGACAGAAUAUUUACAAAUAAAAACGAAUUGAAUGAUCAUAAACAUCUAAAUGUUAUUAUUUUAAUUAACAAAUAAAAAAAAUUUUUAAAUCAAGGGAAAAGUUUAAAAUUGAUUUCAUAGAACCUGAGAGUGAAAUCUUUAAAAAUCAACAUCUCCAUAACUUUUAGUAGACGCUCGUUACUCUUGGCCAUAAUGCAUAAUCCAUGAAAAAAAAUGUGAGCCGUCACGGGACGCCUGACAGAUGUGAAACAUCGACAUUAUUUUGUAAAAGUAAUAUGCAGAAAAGAACAGAUUGUGAUAGGAAGUAAAUAUGUCAUAAUGAUAAAAUAAUAUAUUACGAUUUUUUUUCCAGAUAACGAUGACUAUUGAACAAACAUUUAUUUUCACUAAAUACAAACUCUUAUAGUCCAAGAGCCCGCUUUGGCUAGACGCACAUCAUUUCAUAAAACCCUCAAGUUUAUCUGCGCACGUCACCAACACAGGUAAGAACGAUGAGCGACUAUGUAGUUUAGGUAGUGGUUACCUUGACAGGUAACAGGUAACAAAGGUGUAAAAAACAGCACCUCAAGUACAUUAAGAUAUAAAGC